AAAAGAAAAACGUUUUAGGUCUGUACAAAUUGAUUAACACUGUUACAAGAACCUCCGGGCUUUGAUAAACUGACUUACGUCGAGUCAUUUCAAGAGUUGAUCUUUAGUUUUAUUUUCAAAACUUUCUGCUCAUUGAAAAAAAAUGCCAGACUAUCUCGGAGAUGAUAUGAGAAAGACGAAAGAUGAGAAGGAGGAAGAAAAGGAAAUAAAAGCGCUCGAUGAGGCUGACAUUGCCCUUCUUAAAACCUAUGGUCAAGGACAGUAUACAAAAGGCAUUAAAUUGGUUGAAGAUGAUAUUCAGACCGUUAUAAAGCGUGUUAACGAGUUGACAGGAAUAAAAGAAUCUGAUACCGGCCUUGCUCCUCCAGCGCUCUGGGAUUUGGCAGCCGACAAGCAAACACUUCAGAAUGAACAGCCCUUACAGGUCGCCAGAUGCACCAAAAUUAUAAAUGCCGAUACCGAAGACCCAAAAUAUAUCAUUAAUGUGAAACAGUUUGCUAAAUUUGUAGUCGAUCUGGCCGAUUCGGUUGCACCCACUGAUAUCGAGGAAGGAAUGAGAGUUGGUGUUGAUCGUAAUAAGUAUCAGAUUCAUAUUCCCCUCCCUCCUAAAAUCGAUCCAACUGUGACAAUGAUGCAAGUAGAAGAAAAACCUGACGUGACGUACAGUGAUGUCGGAGGUUGUAAAGAACAAAUAGAAAAGCUGAGAGAAGUUGUUGAAACACCUCUUCUUCAUCCUGAAAAAUUUGUCAAUUUGGGAAUUGAACCCCCAAAAGGCGUGUUGCUCUUUGGCCCACCAGGAACUGGAAAAACGCUUUGCGCAAGAGCUGUGGCAAAUCGAACUGACGCAUGUUUCAUUAGGGUUAUUGGUUCAGAAUUAGUUCAAAAAUACGUUGGAGAGGGUGCAAGGAUGGUAAGAGAACUGUUUGAAAUGGCCCGCAGUAAAAAAGCGUGUUUGAUAUUUUUUGAUGAAAUUGAUGCAAUUGGAGGCGCAAGGUUUGAUGAUGGUGCAGGAGGAGAUAAUGAAGUCCAAAGGACUAUGCUUGAACUCAUCAAUCAGCUAGAUGGCUUUGAUCCAAGAGGAAACAUAAAGGUUCUAAUGGCGACCAACAGGCCUGAUACUUUAGAUCCGGCUUUGAUGAGGCCUGGCCGUUUAGACAGAAAAGUAGAAUUCGGCCUUCCGGACCUAGAAGGGAGAUCGCAUAUAUUCAAAAUCCACGCCAGGUCAAUGAGUGUUGAGCGUGAUAUAAGAUUCGAGCUUUUGGCCAGGCUAUGCCCUAACAGCACUGGGGCUGAAAUCCGAUCUGUUUGCACCGAGGCCGGGAUGUUUGCGAUUAGGGCUAGGAGGAAAGUCGCAACCGAAAAGGACUUCCUCGAAGCAGUUAACAAAGUUAUAAAGUCUUAUGCAAAAUUCUCGUCCACACCGAGAUACAUGACUUACAAUUAAAAUGUCGUUCGACCACUUUUAAAUUAAUUUUCUAUUAUUAUUUUCAAAUGUUAAAAUAAAAACUGUCCUUGAAAAA